AUGCAUUCCAGAGUGGCAGGCAUCUCUAUUUCACACAUGGGGAAACCACUUCUGGACGUUGAAGAACUUGGCAGAAGCUUGCAAGUUGCUAGGAAGGAUGCGAUCGUGAGAAUCCGUGCACUGCUGUUCGGGGUCCCGACCAUCAAGAUGCAGGGUCAGCAACCAACGCGCGACCAUUACCGCAUUGAGCGCGAGAGCCUCAGAAGACGCCUGACGCCAAGCUCUGCCCCAAUUAUAGAUCACUCUGCGGUCGGCGGACCUCCAGUCGAGGUUUUAAAGUGGUGA